AUGUUCAGGAAGCUGAGAAGCCUGGAACAGUCGCUCAGAAACAUGCAGGGGUUGGGAGGCCAAGUGAGUGUAGCCUACACAGAUCUGUGUCUGUUCCCUAAUGUCCAGUUACCUGUUGGAUUCAAAAUGCCCAAAUUCGACUUGUAUGACCGGCACGGAGACCCCGUGGCCCACUUAAGGCGAUUUUGUAGCAAAAUGAGAGGAGCCAGUGGGAAAGAUGAGCUUUUAAUGGCAUACUUUAGCCAGAGUCUGAGUGGCGCGGUAUUAGAGUGGUACACUCAUCAGGAUCACAGCAGAUGGUAUACCUGGGAUGAUUUGGCCCAAGCAUUCGCCCGGCAUUUCCAAUACAACACAGAAAUCGUUCUAGAUCGUUUGUCUUUGACUAAGAUAGAGAAAAAGCCUGGUGAGAUUUUUAGGGAAUAUGGUUUUCAUUGGAGGGAACAGGCAGCACGAGUCAACCCUCUGAUGGAGGAAAGUGAAAUGGUAGAGUACUUUCUUCAAGCUUUGGAGCCUACUUACUUUGGUCAUUUGAUAUCGGUCAUAGGUAAGUCUUUCAACGAGGUAAUGAAGAUGGGAGGCAUGGUAGAAGAAGGGCUUAAAUCGAGCAAGAUCAUGAGCUACUCAGCUAUCAAAGCAACUUCCCAAGCAAUUCAGAAUGGUACUGGCGGAAUAAUAGAAAAGAAGAAUAAAGAAGAUGUUGCAAUGGUUGUCUCGGGAUCAUGGCAUGGUUCGAGGGCCCCACAGAAUACCUACCCAGCUCCACAAAAUGGCUACCCACCUCCACAAACAUACCGAAACCCUGCCAGUCCAGGCUUCCGGCCCAAGCCAGUAUUCAGAAAUAAAAGGCUACAGUGGAAGAAAACAUUCACCCCGCUUGGAGAGUCUUAUACAAAUCUAUUCCAGAGAUUGAGGCAGUUGGAUGAGUUGAGUCCAAUGGUGUCAAAAUUUCCAAACCUUCUUCCAAAGAAUCUAGAUUACUCCCUCAGCUGUGAAAAUUGUUCUAGUACUCCGGGGCACGAUAAGGAAAAGUGUUGGCAUUUGAAAAAAGCCAUCCGAGAGCUCAUCGACAUAAAUCAGAUUGUGGUCCAAAUUCCGGAAGCACCCAACAUCAAUCAAAAUCCAUUGUCGGCCCAUGAUGAAAUGAAUAUGAUCAAGAUAAUACAUAAGGAUGGAGAUCCCAAGAAGCCUUCGCAAUCCGUCAUGAUGAUCCGGUCUAGUGAGGUUAAGUCAAUCAAGGGCUCAGUUGUCACAAAAACAACCUCUUCGAUAGCUGAAGGAUCAACAAACAAGUUGAGCAUGCCAAAUGAUAAGCCAUCUGUGGUAGUUGAGAAAAGAUCCCCAAGUGAUAUUGUAGCAAAGCAAGAAAAGCCAAAGGUGAUCGUGCUGGAGGUGGCAAAUAAGCCUAUCAUAAUUGUGGAGGGUGCCCGCACAGAUCCUAUCAUUAUCAAACAUGUGACCCAACUGCCAAUAGUCAACACCAAGGCUGUCCUAUGUAAUUAUGAGUGGGUAAUAGUGACCUAUAAGGGGAAGGAAGUGAAAGAGGAAGUUAAUGAGGCCUAG